ACCCCCCGGGGUAGAGGGGCGGGGCUGGAGCUGCCCGUGCGGGACUGGCGAGCGCGGGUGCGGACCUUUGGUUCAGCUCUGCAAUGUCUUCUCCUGAAAUUGCUUCCCUUUCCUGGGGUCAGAUGAAGGUGAAAGGUUGUUCUGCGACUUAUAAGGACUGCAAAGUGUGGCCAGGGGGAAGCCGAACCUGGGAUUGGAGAGAAACGGGGACUAAUCAUUCCCCUGGAGUGCAACCUGCCGAUCUUGAAGAAGUCGUCAGUAAAGGAGUUAAAACUUUAGUGAUUGGUCGUGGCAUGAGUGAGGCCUUACAGGUACCAGCAUCUACGGUGGACUAUCUUAAGAAAAAUGGAAUUGAUGUGCUAGUUCUGCAGACAGAGAAGGCCGUGAAGGAGUACAAUGCCCUAGUUGCUCAGGGUGCCAAAGUAGGGGGUGUCUUCCAUUCAACAUGCUGAGGCAUUAAGCCCAUCAGCCCUCUUCCAGAACAGUCUUGUGCCUUUUGACUCCAUAAAGAGCCAAGAUUGUUGCUUUGUACUUCAUAUUUUCAGUGUGCCAAGGCAUGAAUGUGAGAUUAAAAAUCCAGAGUGAACAAAUACAGCAAUGCAGAACAUAAGUGAAUUGACAGAAAUGGCGGAGUAAUCAAUUAGAGGUCUGCUUCCUUGCAUCACAAAAUUGAUCUAGUCCUGUAGUUCUGAGGGCUGACUCAUCCUUUGCUUCAUCUUCUUUUGGACUGAAGCUUUGGACACGUGAAUGUUUUGACUAGGAAUACUUUGGAGAUACGACACCCAUAGAAUAUUUGCUGAGUACCAUGGUGUGGCAGAUGCAUGGCGAUACAAAAAGCAUUUGGCAUCUUCUUUGGAUUCGGUCUAAAUCCAGUGAAGAGAUUGACCCAUGAGGUCUCUCCCAAGCCCAUUAUUUUAAGUGUGCUUCAUCCCAUUACCAGUCCUGGAGUCAUCCCAGCAGCGCACAUUUGUUUCUCUGGGAUGAAUAAUUUUCUAAACGACUUCCAUAAUAUUGCAUUUGUAAAUCUUGCUUUAACUCAAAAACCAUGUCAGCAUGGGAUGAAUGUAAAACAUGGGCCUUAAAAGAAAGGGAUGCCCCACUAAUGAGAAAUGAUGAGCACUAACCCCUGUGAUGUUAGUUCACUUGAGUAAAGAAAAAAAUUAACAUGCAGCUUCAGCAGUGAGAUUAACUAGAAAGCCAGAGCUUGAUGUCAUGGAAAUGAAAGCUAAUAGGUACCCUAAAUCAGACAAGAUUAGCAAAUAGUUACUAAUAAGCUGGGGGAGUGAGGCUGGGAUCUUUAUUUCAGGUGCUUCCAAUCAGCUAACAUUGAGAGAAUAAGUAGAUUUUCAAUAAAAGCUGCAGAUUGUAA